AUGGCAGACACAGAGCAUCCCCGCCUCAUUCUCCACAACUUUCUCUCCCCAGAUCUCUGCAAGGAAUUAGAGUUUAUACACAAGAGCUGUUGCACAGUUGGGUAUAGACCCAGUGUUUUCUCAACAACUCUCUCUCAUCUUAUCGCCACCAACUGUGCCCAGUUGAUCAUGCCCAUUGUACCCAUCAGAGAGAGGAUAAAAGAGAAGGUGGAGGAGUUCUUCGGUUGUGAGUACGAGCUUGUUGUUGAAUUUACUGGGUUGAUCAGAAAAGAGAGAAAUUCACGAGAUAUGGCAAAGCUAAAAUUUGCUGAUUUUUGGAUAUUUGCGCAUGUGUGUCAGAGUCCAAGAGCUAGGACUUUUAAGUCUUAUCCGCUGGUUUAUUAUUGUUACAAAUGAACAAGGAGGGCAUUAAGCCAAACCCCACCAGCAGAAAAAAG